UGCCGCUAAUCUCAAUCUGAUCAACGGCGUGGAUGCGUUUGCUGCUGGAGUCCAGUCCAGGUGGGGAUGGCCAAGAUUUGUCCAGCCAGCCAUCCGCUAUCUGUCCUUGCCAUGUUACCACACAGACACAGUGCAGUGUCCACUCCGUCCGAUGCACAAUUCAGCCCCACUGCCACUGCCUUAUAUCAAGGCGUCCUGCCUCUCCCUCACCCCCCACCUGGAGCUGGAUGCACGCAACGGCUAUUACCAUCACUAACUCGGAGAUGCAAGAAAAUUUUGUGCAUGGAGUGGGGGAGGGCAGUAGCCAUGGCAGCAGCCCGAUAAUAGCCCCAUUCGUGAUGAAAACUUACCAAAUGGUGAAUGACCCGAUGACCAAUGGGCUCAUCACAUGGGGGAGGGCUGACAACAGUUUCAUUGUUUUGGAACCUUUGGAAUUUUCGCAAAGGGUUUUGCCUCUUUACUUCAAGCAUUGUAAUUUCUCCAGCUUCGUUCGUCAGCUCAAUACUUAUGGCUUUAAAAAGGUUGAUCCAGAUAGGUGGGAGUUCGCAAAUGAAUGGUUUCUACGCGGACAAAUACGACUCUUGAGCAGCAUUGUCAGGAGGAAGUAUAAUAAUAAAACCGACGACACUUGGCUCAUCCAGCACAGUAUCGAUGAAGAUGAUGAGGAGCUGUUAUUGGAGAUCACCAAACUAAAGCAAGAGCAGAAUAUUUUAGAACAGGAGCUGGAGAGCAUGAUGAAGAGGCUAGAUACCACAGAAAGGAGACCCCAGCAGAUGGUGUCUUUCUUGCACCAAGUUGCACAAGACCCCCAAAUUUUGACCCGGAUUAUGCUCGACAAGUCAAGGAUAAAACGUCUAACAUCUGGUGACGACAGUGGCAAGAAAAAGUCGAUGAUAUCUGCUGGCUCAUCAAAUUCUUCUGAAGCAGCUGUUUCGAAUUCAUCAAUUAAGAGUGAAGAAGAUCAAGAGUGUGACACAAUUAAUGGGGAGACAACGCCUGUUUCUUCACCCAUCCAAUCUUCAAUGGAUUCAGGGGAACAAAAGUAUCAAGAUCAUCCCACCCUUUCUAGUUCGUUAGGAUAUAAUGAUAUGCUCAGUGAAGGAAUUGGCGUAGAAUAUUUUGAAGGACUAAUGGCAGGGGACAAUGCCAGCCCUCUGCUGCCAUAUCCAUUCUCACUUCUUGGCGGAUGAUUUUAGUUAUAUAUGCUUGGCUUUUGAACCUUUUAGUAAGUGUUGCUAACUUUGUCACUGCUAGUUUUGAGUAAUGCUGCUAAUUUGUUUGGAUGCGGAUUGACGAAUUGUAUGCAGUUAUUUGUAUUUUAUUUGAUGUAUAGCUAAUUCUAUAUAUAUGCCAGUGAUUCUCACUUUAUUUCAA